CCUUACUCCGCGACCAUGUCUAAUGUCCUACGACCUUACCUCGCCGCCGUCAGGUCAACGCUGACUGCAGCUUUGACGCUAGAGAACUUCUCGUCGCAGGUAGUCGAAAGGCAUAACAAACCCGAGGUGGAAGUUGCAGGAUCGAAGGAAGUGUUACUGAACCCCCUGAUCAUUUCACGAAACGAGAACGAGCGCGUCCUCGUCGAACCAUCCGUUAACUCCAUACGAAUCAGCAUCAAGAUUAAGCAGGCGGAUGAGAUAGAGCGUAUCCUGUGCCAUAAGUUCACUCGCUUCAUGAUGCAGCGUGCGGAGAACUUCAUCGUCCUACGGCGGAAACCCGUCAAGGGGUAUGACAUAUCUUUCCUGAUUACAAACUUCCACACCGAGACAAUGUUGAAGCACAAGAUUGUGGACUUCAUCAUACAAUUCAUGGAGGAAGUCGACAGGGAGAUCAGUGAGAUGAAGCUAUCCUUGAACGCUCGGGCUCGUAUUGUCGCAGAGUCGUAUCUAACUGCUUUCAACACGUGAACCUCUCGUCGCCCAUCGCGGCAUCCAAACCAUUCGACUGUCAUAUUAGGAUCGCUUCGUCAUUGUCUCGCUCACCAAUACCUCUUCAACUGCGCCGAAAUACUCCUCUUCUAUCAUGUAUCGAACAUCGUCCCGGUUCGUUGUAAUUAAUCAGUCUUUCCUAUAUUCGAAUGCUGUUAUGGACUGUACUGCGGAUGUCCGAGCCUCGUCAGCGCGAGCAGUCGAGGCUAGACAGUACCUCUCAGGAGGUGCUGUCCAACCUUCCCAUUGAAU